CGCCAUUUGUGUCUAGCAGCAAAAAAGCGCGGACCAUGAAGGUAGUCGCAUAAUACUGGGAUGCAGAUGAAACCAGGCAACUUAAGUGUUGUGGCGCAAGAUCUUAGCAGGAUAUGAUAUGGAUAAAACACUGAUAUCAGGAGAGGAGCUUGUUGAGAACAAAGUGCCGGAGAAUAGCAAGAGUGGAAAUGUGAACCCAGAAGAUGUGGACAUGGAGGAAACCACAGGUGACUCGGGGAAUAAGGCCGUUGAGCCCGAUAAAGCAGAUGAGGAACUCGCUGAGAGGCCGUUGUUGGACUCUGCUCCUGAAGGUGGAGAUAACCUGUGCAAAGUUUGCGGCUUCUCAGCCAAGCACUCAAGAUCGCUGAAGAUUCACUAUGCACGAAAGCAUGGAAAAGAUCAUGAGCAAAAUCAAAAUAUCUCUGAUGCAAGCCCAGAUGAACUGCAGCAGGAAACAGUCAUGGAGACAGACAAAGUUGAUGUUAAACAAAACCAGAGAGCUGAUGUUGACACAUUAAACUCAGCAGAGAACGACAAGAGCAGGAACUUUAAGAAUUUAAGUAAAAAGCACAAGAUACUAGACAAAGAGCAGAUGGGUCAAGAAGAGCUGAUCCCUUGUCAGGAGAGAAGAGCAAGCAAACGCACCCCAAAACCUAAGAUUAUUCAUUCCUGCAACUACUGCGGGCAAGAGUUCAGGGACAAGUCUCCUCUUGAUGUUCACAUUGCGAGAUACCAUGCCAAAGAUGCCCCAUACACAUUUGAUGGUGAUGAAAACAUUAGUGAAAAGGAGGAUGAAGAGGACCAAGGCAGUAUUGUAAAGCCUACACCAACUCGAGAGGCGUCCAAAAGUGCUCCGAACAGGUUCCAGCUGAAGUGCGCAAACUGUGAUUUCAGGGUCAGCACGGCUGUGGUGCUGGACAGGCACGUUCGGACCAAACACCCGGAGCUGGAGUGGUACCGCUGCAAAUUGUGCAACUUCUUUGCAGCCACACCUGAGUGGAUGGACGCUCACUUGUCCUCUGAUAGCCACUUACAACAGCAGAAAGGAAAUGAGUGCACAGAAUCUUCCUCGGCUGAAGUAUUUGUCGAGAGGGUCAGCAGAGAAUCUGUUGGGAAUGAUGCUAACCAAGGUAAUAUGAAUCAGAUGUCUGGUGCAGAAGGGAUCACUACUUUGAUGGAAGGACAACUGGAAACGGAUGAAGCAGCAGAGGCUGCCUUGAGCGUGCUGGUGGAGGAUGAUGAAGACGCAGAGCUUGAACCCCCCAAAAAGAAAAGAGGAAGACCAAAGCAAGGCUCUACCACCACCUGCGAGUACUGCGGCCUGGUCAUGUCCAACGCCACCAAUCUCACCGUUCACGUCCGCCGCAAACACAGCAAAGACUAUGGGUACAGCUGCACUUUGUGCAACUACAGCUGUGUGACCAAAGGAGACAUGGAUCGCCACUGUUUCACCAAGAAACAUGUUAAACGAGCACAAGACGGUUCAAAUAAGAACCAGGCUGCAAGUCACACAAGUCCAUCCGAAUCAGAGGAUGUGACUACACAAAACAGUGCCUCACAGAGCCCAGACAAAAAGCAGGAAUCUGACAGCGUCGUUCUCCCAGAACACAAAGUAGAGGAGCCGAACCAGUCAGACGCACGCCAGCAAAAAACUAAAUACGACUCAGUGAAUGCUUGCCACCUUUGUGAUUUUGUAGCUCAGUCAAUUCCUUCCCUUCAUCUUCACGUGAAGAGAGAGCACACCAAAGACUUUGAGUAUGUGUGUUUGGCUUGUGGCUACUAUGCUGUAACCAACAGGGAAAUGUAUCGCCAUGCCAGCUCAGAGAAGCAUAAACAGAAAAGCCAGAGAUACCAGGAAGAGAGGGAAGGACAAACGGCUUCAGACCUCCCAGAAAAGCAGAAGGAGGUCACUGAACCUUCUGGGGAAAACUCUAACCCCAGCAACGGGUCAGGAUCUUGUUCCACGGACGGUGAAGUUAUGGAAACCGAGAACACAUCUGCAUCCGCUGUCACCACUGAGGUUGUUAGUGCUGUGGUUAGCGCGGUUGGCAGCGCGGAUGAAAAGCAAGCACAAGCUAUUACAUCUUCCACUGGCAAUGAAGCAGAUCUGACCAACCAGACAACUGAGCUAACGGUGCUGUCAGAACCCCAGCAGGCUUCAACAGAACUCCCACUUUCAGGGGAGGAGUCUGCACAACUCGAGGGCCAGAAGGAAAGGUGUGAACAAACAGGGGACGACAACUUAAAGACAGAAGUAGUUAUUGUUGAUAAGCAAAUGUCCAAAGCCCCUCCAUUUGAUGCCUGUAUUGUGUCUGUGAAGACUCUCACUGAGCAGGAGCAGGCGCUGCAGGAAAGCCUGGCUUUGGAGGGUGAAGCCUCUGUGAUAUGCUUGACUGGAGGAUCGCUCUCUGGCUUCAUGACCCGUAACUUUACACAUGUCAGGAAGCUCAAAUCCAAGGAAGUGAAGGUGAAAGAAGAAGCUAAAGCUAGUUCUCGCAUCCGCUGCGAGGACUGCGGCUUCAUGGCGGAUGGCAUAAGCGGCCUGAACGUCCACAUCUCCAUGAAGCACCCGUCCAAAGAGAGACACUUCCACUGUCUAGUGUGCGGCAAGUCGUUCUACACCGAGGGCAACCUGCACCAGCACCUGACCAGCGCCGCCCAUCUCCGCAACGAGCAGAACAGCGUGGAGGAGCUCCCCGAAGGAGGCUCCAGCUUCAAGUGCGUGAAAUGCACCGACCGCUUUGAAUCGGAGCAGGACUUGUUUUUUCACAUUAAGGAGAAACACGAGGAGCUCCUGAGGGAGGUCAACAAGUACGUGGUGGAGGACACCGAGCAGAUCAACCGCGAGCGCGAGGAGAACCAGGGCAGCGUGUGCAAAUACUGCGGCAAAGUGUGCAAGAGCAGCAACUCCAUGGCCUUCCUGGCUCACAUCCGCACACACACUGGGUCCAAACCGUUUAUGUGCAAGAUCUGCAACUUUGCAACGGCUCAGCUGGGAGAUGCCAGGAACCACGUGAAGAGACAUCUCGGGAUGCGAGAGUACAAAUGCGACAUAUGUGGAUGGGCCUUUGUAAUGAAGAAACACCUCAGUACCCACCUGCUGGGAAAACACGGAGUCGGACAGCGUAAAGAAAGGAAGUUUGAAUGCCAGUUGUGCGACCGCUCCUUCAGUGAAAAAUGGGCCUUGAACAACCACAUGAAACUGCACAGUGGGGAGAAGCCGUACAAGUGCGCCUGGCCUUCCUGCCACUACGCCUUCCUCAACUUGUCAGCUAUGAAGGACCACUACAGGACACACACCGGAGAGAAGUCUUACCUGUGUGACCUGUGUGGUUUUGCGGGAGGCACCAGACACGCCCUGACGAAACACAGACGCCAACACACCGGUGAGAGACCCUUCAAAUGUAAGCUCUGCAACUUCGCCUCCACCACGCAGUCCCACCUUUCACGCCACAAGCGCGUUCACACCGGGGAGAAACCGUACCGCUGCCCCUGGUGCGACUACAGAUCCAACUGUGCGGAGAACAUCCGGAAGCACAUUCUCCACACGGGGAAGCACGAGGGCGUGAAGAUGUACAACUGUCCCAAAUGCGACCACGCCACCAACUCUCCCAUGGAGUUCCGCAACCACCUGAAGGAGAGUCACUCGGACAUCGAGAACCCAGACCUCGCCUACCUACAUGCAGGAAUCGUCUCCAAGUCCUUUGAAUGUCGCCUGAAAGGCCAGGGCGCCACGUUCGUGGAGGCGGAGGCCGCGGAGGCGCUCCUGCAGCGGAAGGACUCGCCUGACGCCUCGGGGGCCGAAGGGCCGAUCCAGCAGGUCAUCAUCAUCCAGGGCUACGGCGACGGGGAGGUGGCCAUCGACCAGGCCCUGGAGGAGUCGGCCGCCGCCACGCUGCAGACGCUGGCCAUGGCCGGCCAGGUGGCCGAGGUGCUGCACAUCACCGAGGACGGCCAGGUCAUCGCCUCGGGCAGGGAGGUGGCCUCCACCGGCGCCCACCUGGACGGCACCAGCACCCAGUACGUGGUCCUGGACUCGGGCGACGCCAGGAAGGAGCUGAGGGCCAUGACCGGAGGAGCCGUCGCCCUCGCGGCCGCCGCAGGGCAGAGUCACGCCGUGUCCGAGUCGUCCACCGCCCUGGACGCCCUGCUCAGCGCCGUCAGUGAGAUGGGCCACCAGGAGGAGAAGCAGGGAGAGCCGGCCGUCGUCCACGAAGUGCUGGCCCCUCAGAUGUCCGGGGUGGAGGUGAAGGAGGAGCCGGAGGAGCUGCAGGUCAUACAGGAGACCAGCCACGAGAACAUGCACGAGGUGCUGCAGCUCGCCGCCUCGCAGAUGAUGAAGGAAGGCCUGACGCAGGUCAUCGUCAACGACGAGGGCACCCACUACAUCGUGACGGGGCUGGACGACUGCACCUUCCAGGUGGAGGGGGACGUGUACCGGGAGGCCGAGGCGGCCGUCGGGGCGGUGCAGCAGGUGGAGCAGCAAGCAGGGGAGGAGAUGGUGGUUUAUCUGGACGGAGCGCCGCAUAAUAUCGUCCUGGAAGGCUGAAGAAGAGAGAAAUAUGGAAACAUUUUACUGCAAAAACUCAGAAUCUUAACAAGAAUAUUUGUCUUACUUCUAGUUAAAAUGUCUCAUUUUAGUAAAACAAAUCUC